GCCGAGCGCGCACACGACGCUCCGCGCUGCUGGAAGACGAAGAUCAAGAUGGCGGUGGUCGUGCGAAGUUUGCAAGACCAGCUGGAAAAAGCCAAGGAAAGCUUAAAGAGCGUGGACGAAAAUAUUCGAAAACUAACCGGGAGAGAUCCGACCGAAUUAAGACCAGGUCAAAAUAGGAGACUGACCAUCACAGGCCCAGGAGGAGGUAGGGGGCGCGGAAUCAAUUUGCUAAGGCGUGGACUGUCAGAUGGUGGUGUAGGACCCCCAGCCAAACAGCGAGACAUCGAAGGGGCACUCUUGAGGCUGGCAGGGGACCAGCGAGCUAGGAGAGAUUCACGCCAUGACAGCGACGCUGAGGAUGAUGACGAUGUCAAAAAACCAGCGUUGCAGUCAUCUGUGGUUGCUACCUCCAAAGAACGUACGCGCCGAGAUCUUAUUCAAGAUCAGACAAUUGAUGAGAGAGGAAAGCAGAGAAACCGGCGCAUGUUUGGCCUGUUGAUGGGAACGUUGCAGAAGUUCAAACAAGAGUCUACAGUGUCCACAGAGCGAUUAAAAAGACGCCAAGAAAUCGAGCAGAAAUUGGAAGUACAGGCAGAACAGGAGCGUAAAAAAGUUGAGAGUGAAAGGAGAGAGCUCUUUGGAGAAAGACGUGCCAAACAAACAGAGCUGCGUCUUCUGGAGCACAAAGUGGAGCUUGCUCAACUGCAAGAAGAGUGGAAUGCACAUAAUUCUAAGAUCAUCAAGUUCAUUCGCACAAAGACCAAGCCCCCGAUCUUCUACCUGCCCGGUCGAAUGUGCUCUGCUACUCAAAAGCUCCUGGAGGAGUCCCAGAAAAAAUUAAAUGGUGUGCUUGAUGAGAGACGUGAAGCAUUUGCAGAGCAACUCAACAAAAUGGAGGCUCGGCCAAGGCGUCAGUUCCAAAGGAUAGGCGACAAAGAAAUGGAGGAUAACCGUCAGGCUGAAGAGACGAAGAAAGAAGAUCAAGAGAUGGGUAAGGCUGGAGUAGGGCGGACAGGUAACAGGCAUGAUGUGGAGAUGGAGGACGAGGAGGAAGAUGUAGUUGAGGAGGAAGGAGAAGAGAGCUCGGAGAUUAGGGAGAGGGAGGGGGAUAAAGAGCAGGAGCAGGAUGAGGAAAAGGAUACACACGAGGAGAGUGAGAGGAAGGCACAGGAGGAAGAUGAGGAGGAGGACGAGGAGGAGAUGGGAGCAAGUGAGGUUAGGGAAGAGCAGAUGGAGGGCAAAAAAGUUGUGAGGGAAGAUGAGGCACAGGGUAAGUUGCAGGUUGAGAGUCCAGAAGCCACAGUUGAAGAGGUAGGUAAUGUGCAAAAGGAGGAAGAGCAGGAGGCAGAGAUGGAGACUCAGCAGGAAGUUGUAACAGACUCUCUGCAAACCCCUGAAAGCCACAUUGAAACACAGCCCGAGGAGUGUAAACAGCCUCAACUGGAUGUCCCAACACCUAGCAUAACAGAACAUGACAGUAAACAAGAUGACACCGCGUCUGAUACCCAACAACCACAGCUUGAACCUGACCCAGAAGUCCUUUCUCAAGAGCAAAGCCAAGAACCAUCAGUCCAACCACAAGAAGCAAAAGCAGACACAAAGGAAGCUAACGUGGAGGCAGAUGACGCACGUGGACGGGCCAAAGUCCAUGCCAAGAAGAGCAAGAGCAGAAGUAGCAGCUCCUCUUCCAGUUCCUCUUCAAGCUCCUCCUCCAGUGGAUCCAGCUCCUCUUCCAGUGGCUCCAGUAGCAGGAGCAGUUCCUCUGGCUCCUCAUCGUCGUCUUCCAGUUCGCGCUCCCGUAGUCACGGCAGGGAUCGAGACGGCAGAGAUCACAAGCGCCGCAGGAGACUGUCGGACCGGGAGCGCAAAAAGAGUGGCAGUGAGAGGGGACACAAGUCCUCAAAAGGCAAUGGACGAGAAAACAAGGGCUCCAAAGAAAAGAAUUCCAAACCUGACAGGAAGAGGACGAGAUCAGAAGGAAGCCGGUCAGGGAAGAGGUCAUCCAGAAGCGAGAGAGAUCGGAAGUCUGAUCGGAAGGAUCGACGUUGAGAAGUUGCUGCCAGUCUUGCAUAGUUUCUUCAAGGCCAUUGUGUGGUUGCCUAGAUUUUUGAGGUGCUGUUGUUCUUGCAUGGGUUUUACAUUUGAAUUCUUCAUCUCCCAAUCUUUUUUUUCAUUUAGUUUCUUCUGACAACUGGUUAUUUCAGUGUAUCUUGAAAUUUUUAAGAUCUAUAAACUGCUUUUAAGAACCAUCACUCUAAACAAAUUUUCACACUAUAUCAGACCUUCCACAUUAUCUGAUGGAAAUAAUGCUUGAAAUGUGCUUCUUGUGCUGAUCCUUCAUCUGUUCCACCACGGUGUUGCCAGAUUCUUUCAUACAGUAGCUAAACCACUGAUGUUUUCAAUUGUGAUGCCAUACUAAUGUGAUUUUUUUUUUUUUUUUUUUUUUUUAACAUUCAGUAAAUAUAAAGCAACCAUUUUGACAGUAUCCUACAUCGAUGCAGUUAUUUUUCUUGUUGUAGCAAAAUUGUCUGCCUUUUGUAUAAAUCACUCAACAGAAAAAAGACAUUAAAGACAGUUUCUCUUCAUGUAUCUGA